GCGCAGGGCCCAGGAGGCGGAGACGUUGGCGGCGGCAGCGGCCGCGGCGCACGGGGGCAGCCGAAAGGGGAGGCUUGGCCAUGAACUGGACCGGCACGGCGGCGGCGGACUUGGCAGGGGUCUCCUCGAUGCGUCCCGGCUGCUAACGGGACAGAUCUUGACAUUAUGGCAGGAAGGCAUCCGAAUCGUAGUUUUCCUCUUCCAGGAGCUCAUUCAAGUGGUCAAGUCCAUACAUUUGGAAAUUGUACAGACAGCGAUGUGUUGGAGGAGGAUGCUGAAGUGUAUGAGCUUCGAUCCAGGGGAAAAGAGAAAAUCCGAAGAAGUACAUCAAGAGAUAGACUUGAUGACAUUAUAGUAUUAACAAAAGAUAUACAGGAAGGAGAUACUUUAAAUGCAAUAGCCCUUCAGUACUGUUGUACGGUAGCAGAUAUCAAGAGGGUAAACAAUCUCAUCAGCGAUCAAGACUUUUUUGCCCUUAGGUCUAUCAAAAUUCCAGUAAAAAAGUUUAGUUCGUUGACAGAAACACUUUAUCCUCCAAAAGGAAGACAGGCUUCACGACCUUCAUCUGUUCAGUACCUUCCAGAACAACAGGAAAUUUUGUCAGCUCACGAUUCUCUUUCUUCCAGUGAGUUAGCUGGUAGCUUUUUAAAAGAAGUAGACCGAGACAUAGAACAAAUAGUAAAAUGUACAGACACCAAAAGAGAGAACCUUAAUGAAGUAGUGUCUGCCUUAACAGCACAACAAAUACGUUUUGAACCUGAUAACAAAAACAUUCAACGUAAGGAUCCUUAUUAUGGAGCAGACUGGGGAAUAGGGUGGUGGACAGCUGUAGUGAUAAUGUUGAUAGUAGGUAUAAUAACACCAGUAUUUUAUUUACUAUAUUAUGAAAUUUUAGCUAAAGUGGAUGUUAGUCACCAUUCAACAGUGGAUUCUUCACAUUUGCAUUCGGAAGUCACACCCCCAUCACAGCAGAGAGAAAUGGAAAACGGAAUUGCUCCAACUAAAGGACUACCCUUUGGCCAGCAAGGUGAUUAUAAACUACAUAGUCAAGAUCCUCAGCCACCUGCUGUUCAUCACAAAACGUAGUAAUUAGCUCAUAAUUACAGUGUUAGUGAUCACAUGUGAAUCUGGAAUGUGGUGAAUCAGUUAUUCAAUAACCACUUCAAAGGCAGAAUUUAGGGAGGUUGAAGAUGCUUUUGUUUUUCACUUUUUUUUUUGAGCCACUUAAAAAUGGAUUGAGUGUAAAGUCUGCAGUUGCUAGCUGUUGAUAUUGAGAGCAGUAAAUCCAUGUGUAUGUUAUAUCAGUGCUUAAAGCAGAAAUGAAUUUAAAUGUGUGUCUAGGAAGUUCUUCAAAAAUGCAUCAUUUUUCUUAUUCAAGAUUGGUUAUAUUUAAAUUUUAAGUAUUUUUUGGCUCAAGGUUAUUAAUGAUAAUUUAUUAAGCAGAAUAAUGAUAGCGUCAGAUAUCUCAACUGAAGAAAAUUUACUACUUCUGAACCAUCAGAAUAUUUAGUUGCAAAAAAGUUGUUUGGUUCUGAAAUUAUUUAUGAUAUCACAUACUUAAAACUCCAUUUUGAAACUUUUAAAAAAAUAUGUGUAGCACAUACGCUAUGGAAACAUAAGUAGAAACAGAAAUGGGAAAGUAAUGUACAGUGUCUAUAAUAGAGGCUAAGAAAUAGGUAUUAUUGUUAAGCCCCCAAAAUAAUGUGUUAUGGUUGGGAAGUUGCCAUAUGGUCACUAGAACACUGGAUUAGGUCAAGACUAAAAGUCAUCUUUGUUAAAGAAUUGCUGCCUCUGUUUCUGUUUUUUACAUGAUUAUAUUUGCCUGUGUUAUUUGAAAGCACGUUUGCAAAUCUUUGAUGAAAAGUGUUUUACAUGUAAAGAUUAGCAUUAUUUAGGAAAUAAUUCCUUACAUACUGUGAUAAGUUGUUGCUAUGUUACAUAUAGUAACAUGCCUUAAUGACAAUGCCUUAUAAUAUUACUUUAUGUAAGCUAGUAUAAUUUUUAGAGUUAAAAUUAAGCAUUAUUUCAGAUGGUCCAGUGGGAUUCAUAACAUAGGCUGUAUAAAUUCGUCCCCAUCUUCACUAUCAAGCACAACUUAAUGGGGUCAAAACAAAUUUUCAUUGGCUGCCUGAGUUCUGUUUGCAGAAAAUCGUUCAUUAAGCAAAAGCAAGCGUAAAAAAGACCUUUUGCAUUAGCAAUAACAGAUGGCCUUAUUUAUUGAUCCCUUAACAUCUAUUUUUCAGAGAGAAUGUCUAACUUAGACAUUUUUUUCCCUGAACCGUAAGCUCAAAUUGGGGAACAGAGGCCAAAGGUUUGUGGAUUGGCUGAAAAGGCUUGAUUGUCCACCUUUUUAAGAUCUAUGGAUCACAGUCUGGCUAAAUACAAAGCAUUUGCAUACUGAUUUCAUCAUUUAAUUUUUAAAUGUGUUUUUAAAAUGUAACUAAACUGAUUAGAAGCAAGAUUUGGUGGAGUCUGGAUUGCCUGUUUUGUGUUUAAUAAAGUAUGUAGUUUAAGAUAUAUAAUACCACCUCAUUUUCUGGGCAUUAUUUCCUAAUUUUUAAUAUUUCAGCUUUUUGACCAGUCAUUUUCUAUUUCAAACUCCAAUCUUGAUACAAAGUGGGGUGAAUAAAUAUAUGUGGUAAAUGAGGUUUUAUGUAUUUUCAGGAGCUAAGUAUCAUAAAAAAACAGGACAAAGAAGUGACACAUUAAAGCCCUUGCAUAUAUUAGAGGACCUUAGUUACCAAAAAGUGUUAAUAUGGAAGUUACAGCAAGUUGAUUUUUUUAGUAACUCUUUUAAAGUUUAAAACAUUGUUUUAAUGUGCCUUGGGCAUCUUGAAAAGAGGAGUAUGAUGUUUCUAAUUUAUGCUCAGUGUUAACUUGGUCAGUUUACAUUGUAUUUAUUAAGCCUGCUGAAAAAUCAAGUUUUAGAGAAGAAAAUAGAUGAUUGUAGGAUGGGCUCUAAAUGUCUUUUGAAGAACUUUGUUUACAUCAAAUUGAUGAAAUUACGGAGAGUCAGUGAUGCCUUUUUGCUAGUGGUACUUUGAAAUUGUGAUAUAGAUGUCUGAUUUCCAAAAUAAGUAACUUAUUUUUAAAAGUAGUGAGGCAUACUGUGACUUGAUUAAAAGCCAUUUCUGUCUUGUACGGCGUCCUGUUCCUUGAAUGAAAGAUAACAUGUCAUUAUGAUACAGUUUCCUUUUUCUAUAUAUUUGAAUUACAUAUUUUUAAUUGAAUAUAAUUUAAAUUACGUAUAAUUCUCUAUGUCGAAUUAUAGAUUCUAAUCACUAUGUCAUCUGUAAAAGACAAAAUUUCCUAAGCAUUUAAUAGUUAUGGAAUAACUUUAGCUAUUAAAAAGUACUAAUACACAUCAAAAUUUGCAGCAAAUGCAGAUUACUUUGUAAAAUUUAACAAAAUAAGAAAAGUUAUAUUUGUGGAUUUUGUUUUGAAACCCUUAUUUGAACUUACUGUGAGGCUUUACAUUAGAAGAUACAUAUAUAUUAUGUAUACAUAUAUAUAUAUAUAUGCGCAAAUGUAAAAGUAACAGAACUGUGAAUCAUUGCAUUUGGUUCACUUAAAAACCUGGAGUUGCAAAUGAAGAAAAAUCUGUUAUUUUUAGGGCAGAUUCUUUUUUUAAAAAAAAUCUGGGUACAAAUGGUUAAGGUUGUUUUGAACUAAUGGAUGCCAUUAAAUAUGUUUUUGCCGUCCUACUUGUAGAAAAUUAUGGGAUUCAUGUCCUCAAAACAUAUAUUAAGAUGGAUUAUAGAGUCUGCUGGCCACAUUAAGAAUUUGAAAGAAGACUGUAAUAUUAAAUUAACUUCUCCAGAGGACUUACUGUUUUUGAAAGCUUUUCUUUUUCUGGACUGUACUUGCUUGUUUGAUGGCCUGAAGAGUUCUUUAAAUGAACCACUACUUAGUAAUUAGUUCUUUUUAAAGGUAUCUACUUCUAAAAUUACCCACUUGGGAAUAUGAAGGAUACAGUUAGAGUUUUAGAAAUAUCAUGAAGCAAGACUCAAGUCAGAGUGUAACAGGGUAAAGGGGGAGUUUUUAGAAGCUUGUAUUUAAAAUGGUGCAUUAUGAUGGGAAUCAUUCUUACUUUGAAUUACAAGAAUGUUGCUCAGGAAAUCAGUAUUUUUCUUCCAAGUAUGUGCAUAUUGCACUGUUAGAUCAUAGAAAUAUCUGAAUGCUUUAUUUAAUUUUUAUGUAUGCAAAUACUAUAAAUCUUUUGUAUAAUGUAUUUUAUACAAAUACAAAAUGGAAUUGUAGAACAUUAUGUUAGCAUGUACAUCUGUAAAACUGGUUUUUAAAACUUUUUGCCCCUUAUAUUUCUUAUCUUAAAAGAUCUGUAAAAUGUAAUAAAGUUUCUAUUUUAUUAUUCAA